UAAAUUUGUUACAACAAAAAAAAGGUCACAACUUUUGCCUUAAUUCUUCUCUCCUAUUACAGAUGCUCUGUCUCAAUCUCUUGUUCCUCUAAUAGUCUAAUUCAUCCUCCUCUCUUUCUUCGAAGUUACUUUCUCCCCGUUUCGUUAUCUGAUCAGUCAAUCUCGAAGAUAGAUCUGGAGGUUUUGAGCUGAGAGAGAGAGAAAGAAACAGAGAAAUGGCGAACAGAGAUUCGGAGAGAGGAGAAGGGAAGCAGAACAACACCAACUAUUCCUAUGACGAAAGCUCCAGCGAUACUCAUUGGACUUCGUGGCUCGUUCCACUGAUCGUCGUGGCGAAUCUCGCCGUCUUUAUCGCCGUUAUGUUCGUCAACGACUGUCCCAAGAAGAUCAUCGGACCAAACAAAGCUUGUGUCGCUAGAUUCCUCGGAAGAUUCUCUUUUCAGCCCCUUAGAGAGAAUCCCCUCUUUGGCCCUUCUUCCUCUACAUUGGAGAGAAUGGGAGCGUUGGAGUGGAGGAAAGUAGUACAUGAGCAUCAAGGAUGGAGACUCGUCACUUGUGUGUGGCUACACGCUGGUAUCCUUCAUCUUCUUACCAAUAUGUUGAGUUUGAUCUUCAUCGGUAUCCGCCUUGAGCAGCAGUUUGGCUUCAUAAGAGUCGGGCUUAUCUACUUAAUCUCUGGUCUCGGUGGAAGCAUACUCUCCUCUCUUUUCCUUCAAGAAAGUAUCUCUGUUGGUGCUUCUGGUGCUCUCUUUGGACUUCUUGGAGCUAUGUUGUCUGAACUUCUCACCAAUUGGACUAUCUAUGCUAACAAGGCGGCUGCUUUGUUCACACUCCUAUUCAUCAUAGCGAUCAACUUAGGACUAGGCUUGCUUCCUCGGGUUGACAAUUUCGCGCAUAUAGGAGGGUUUAUAACCGGGUUCUGCCUCGGUUUUAUCCUCCUUGUCCGGCCACAGCACGGUUGGGAAAGUUCCCGCACCAACACUUCCCUUACCAAACGCAAGUAUAGCAUCUACCAGUACGUUCUGUUCAUAGUUGCAGUCCUUCUACUUGUGGUUUGUUUAACUGUUGGAUCAGUGAUGCUUUUCAAAGGAGAGAAUGGUAACAAACAUUGCAAAUGGUGUCAUCGCCUCAGCUGUUUCCCCACUUCGAAAUGGACCUGUUAAUCAUCAUCAUCAUCAUCAUCAUCAUCAUCAUCAUCAUCAUCAUUAUCCUCUAAAAAUUCUUAUAUGUGUUCUUCUUGUAGCAGAUAAUUUGUUUGUUCUUUUUGCCUUUGACCUCUCUUGCCUUAUAUAACAUACAUGUAUAUUACUAAAUUCGUCAUGUAUA